AUGGGAUCUCUGGGAGAUAUCUGGGUAACACCGUGUAUGCAUCGCUUUUGCGAAAAGUGUAUUAAAGAAGUUCUUAAUAAAUCCAUACAAGAGGCUGAAGCGCAAAAAGCUAAAGCAUUUGCAGAUCAAGUUGUUGAUAAAAUUGGUGAUAAUUCUAUUCGUUUUAUACUUGAAGAAUUAUUUCGUGAAACACUUGUGUCAGGAUUAUCAGAUCAUUUAGCAUCUGAAAAUGAUAUGAAAAGUCGUUUUAAACGAAAAAAGAGAGAAAUUGAAAAUAAAUAUGAGCAAAUAUUAUUAAAGUUACAAAAAGAAAAUUUAUCAACCGAAAACUAUCAACUUCAACGUGAAGAACACAUGAAUUUAUUUCGUCAACAAAUUCAAUUAUUAGAAGAUGAUCAACGACAAGUUCAAAUAUUAUUUAUUCAAGCAUACAAAGAACAUUUGAAAACACAUGUAUCAAAUUUUUCUGCUAUUGGCACAUUAGUGAAAGUGACAUUAUUAAAAAAUAAUCAAUUGUAUAUGGGUAAAGAUAAUCAAUAUUUAACGAAACAACUACGACUAGAAGACAAACUGGAAGAAUUAUUACCGUGUAUUGAAGAAUUAGUACAGUUACAACAAGAUAAAGUUAAUAAAUAUGGUGAUAUAAUAUUAUUCACUUGUAUUAGUCCACUUGAAAAUCAAUCAUCACAAUCGGUUCUUCAAAAAUUAACGGCAGAUGAUCCACUGAUUGAUGAUCAUUUAACUGUAUCAAAAAAUUGUCGAGCAAUUUUAGAACAUAAGAUUUUACCUGGUACACUUAUCAUCGUUCAUGGUGAUAUUUUAUUGGAAAGUGAAGUACCUAAACAAUGUAUUAUUGAAACAUUUUUAAAUUAUCCAAAUCGUGAACAUAUAGUGGAUUAUUUUGAAUGUACACAAUGUUUAAGAAAUGGACAAAGUCUUAGAUGUUAG